AUGCCAGAGAUGACGAGAAAGUGUGACGUUCCAAUCCCAGAAGCUCCAGAAGCUCCCUACCCAAUUACCACUACGUACGUGGAUGUCAUUGCUGGUUUUGGUCGUGGAUCUUCUGAACUGGGAAUUCCAACAGCUAAUGUUCCGAUAAAUGAUUUGCCCAGCAUCAUUCAAACCCUCGACACCGGCGUGUACUUUGGUUGGUGUAGACUAAAACCCAUGCCCGGUAGUGAACCUAAAUCUGAACAGAGGCCGGAUGGAAGGCAAGUCAACUACAAUAACGGUACAUCAUUAUCAGACACUGAUUUGACCGUGCUUCCAGUUGUACUCUCUCUUGGAUGGAACCCAUUCUACCAAAACAAAAAUAAAACAGUCGAACUACACAUUAUCCAUGAAUUUGCAACCGACUUUUACGGUGCUCAGGUUAAAUUUAAUAUCUUGGGUUACAUAAGACCAGAACUCGAUUACACAUCCAAAGAAGCCUUAAUUGCAGAUAUUCACAGAGAUAUAGACAUAACGAAAGAAAAGUUACAGUUGCCAGGAUAUCAAAAGUUCAAAGAUAUCUAG